GGCGGCAUUCAGUGAUUCAGCCGCCAGUCCCGCUCGUCUCUGCCAAGUCCCGCGCGCUCGAGCAUCGAUCAGCCGCUGGCGCCGCGACGAGCGACGACGCCGCGCCAGUCGCAGAUGGCCGCCGUCUCGCUCCUGCGAUCCGCGGCGCUCGGGCUGGUGGUCCUCGCGUCGGCGCUGCCGGCGGCUCGGCCGUGGAGCAAAGAGGGUCACGUGCUCACAUGCCAAAUCGCGCAGGGUCUGCUGGAGCCUGACGCCGCGCACGCCGUGCGGAACCUGCUCCCGGACGACGCCGGCGGCGACCUGUCGGCGCUGUGCGUGUGGCCGGACCAGGUGAGGCACUGGUACAGGUACAUGUGGACGGGCCCGCUCCACUUCAUCGACACCCCUGACGAGGCCUGCAGCUUCGACUACUCGAGGGACUGCCACGGCCCCGACGGCGCCAAGGACAUGUGCGUCGCCGGCGCCAUCGCCAACUUCACGUCCCAGCUGCUGCACUACAGGCACGGCAGCGCCGACAGGAGAUACAACCUGACUGAAGCCCUUCUGUUCCUGUCGCACUUCAUGGGAGAUGUUCAUCAGCCAAUGCACGUGGGGUUCACCAGCGACCAAGGCGGCAACUCCAUAGAGCUGCGGUGGUUCCGGCACAAAUCCAACCUCCACCACGUGUGGGACAGGGAGAUCAUACAGACGGCUCUCGCCGACUUCUACGGCAAGGACAUGGACGCCUUCCGCAAGCAGCUCGAGCACAACCUCACCAAGGGUACCUGGUCCGACGAUGUAUCGGCUUGGACAGACUGCCAAGACCUCUCGUCUUGCCCAACCAAGUACGCGACCGAGAGCAUAGGCCUGGCGUGCAAAUGGGCGUACAGCGGCGUCCGCGAAGGGGAGACACUGUCCGACGACUACUUUGACUCGAGGCUGCCGAUCGUGUCGCGCCGGAUCGCGCAGGGCGGGGUGCGGCUGGCCAUGUUCCUCAACCGGAUCUUCGGCGCGCACAACCGCGACGUGCCGCCGCCGUCUUCUACUCUUCUUGAUUGAUGGAUGGACCCGAACCCGAUCUGCCUGCCGCGUCACAGACUCACAUUCUAAUCUAAUUCAUGUGGUUGAAGUCUCUUUGCUUCUUUUUAAGUAAAUAUGUAAUUCAUAAUUGGCAGCAGCUCGUGCAGUCCAAGCCAUGGAUGGCCCUGUAACCUGACUCCUGUUGCGUUAGUCUCUGUCUGUAUACCGAUAUAUAUACAGUUAUACACACAAAUAAUAUACUCCUUUCUCAUUAGUUC